UUUUCUCCAUUCUGACUUGUGUCACGGCACAGUUUGAUAGACCAGAAGAGGAAACAGACGCUGUUCCUCUCCCCACAGAGAUGGCUGGUGGUUGCCUGAGCUGCUUCUUUACAUACAUUUCUGUGCUACUUCUUGGGGUCUGCCUCCAGGAUGUGGAGGCUUCCAGUUGUCAACGUGUCAUCCAUAAAAAAGUUGGAGACACCGUAGAGUUUUCAUCAUGCUUACCAACUGAAGGGGUCACAACGGCAAGAUGGAAAUAUCAACAUAAUAAUCAAUCAAUAAUAAUAGCAGACAAAGAUGAUGUCUCUGGAGAACAUCAGUUCAAGGGCAGAUUAGACCUAAACCCCACAAACUUUAGUUUAACAGUGAGAAGACUGACACUCAAAGACUCUGGUAAUUUCAGUUUUCUCUCAGAGGUGGGUGACAGCCAAAGGAGAACAGUCCCUUUCACUCUGAAAGUUCAUGAGCCCAUAACUGUCAGAAUUGUUUCAAAUUCUACGUGGCACACCUUAAACGGAUCCUGUACAGUUUUGCUGGAGUGCCAGGCAACCUCGGACAUCAGUAACAGUAACAUGACCUACACAUGGGCCGUGAGGAAUCAAACCAUAGAAGGCCCCAGACUGGAAUACACCAUCAAACCUCAGGACGAAGACACCAAAUUCACCUGCACAAUUUCCAAUGAAGUCAGUAAGAUGUCGGCAACCGAAACAAAGAUGUGCAGAAACAUUACGUCUGACGCACCAGAAAUAGGCCCAAACUCAAUCAUUCUCCUGAGUGUGACAGGAGUCGGCUGUGUGUUGAUUGUCGUGAUAGUUGGAGUAACUGUGUGUGUUUGUCACCGCAAACAAAAACAAGAAGUUGCUGACUCAAAUGACCUCACCGUGUACGCUGAUAUCUCUGAAGUAGCGAUUGAGGAUGGGACCAUGAAGCCAUGCACACUGUAUGAAACCAUUGAUCCCAGAAUCAACACAGUCACACCGGGGCCCCAGACUGUGUACGACAAGAUCCAGGUUAGUCGGAUGAGGAAAGCUUCAGUGUCGCCCUACCAAGAAAUUUCCUAGUGGAUCACAGCAUGAUGUAUUGUUAGAAUUACCUUUGAGUUAGUCUAUAUUGACGAUGUUACACUUCCGGGAUUGUUAAGGUGCUUCCUGAAAUUCCGCCGGAUGUCCCUCUUUUUAGGCUGGGUGUCUCUCGC